AAUUAAACAAUACCAAAAUAGAAAAAAUAGUAUAAAAUAUUCGUUUCAUAAGACAUUUUAUCAUACUCGCUCUUUAGAAAACUCGCCUCCGGCUCGUUUUCUAAUAUAGGGCUCGUGCGAUUAAAUGACGUCUUAUGAAACUUGUUUUUUAAUGUACCUACUAUUAAAACACCGAUAUAUCAAAAACUGAUCGUAUAGGUACGAUUUAAGAUUUUGCUAUAAGACUGUAAAAGGAUAGCAACGAGCUAUCCAACGAUGUGCAACACAAGUUUACAGCUGAAAUUACGUCUCGGACUGCUAUAGAGGGGCCGAAGAGAAAAAAUGAUUUUUUUGUUGAGAGUUAAAAAAAUGUUGAGAAAAUAAUGGCCAUCGGAAAACUAUGGAUUUCCAUCGGUUGUUUUUUUAUUUUUGCCGGUUGGUUGGUGGGAAUUGGAGAAAGUAUCAAAUGGCUAUCUCUACAACACUCGCAUCUGAACUGGAACUUGAGCUCUGUCAACAACAAUCACGGACGCGGGAUUCGGUCAGGGGUACGAUCUCCUUGUACAUUAGCUAGAAGAAGGUAUGGUCUAGUCAAAAUCCAAGCAAAACUAUGUCGCAACGCAAUGGAAACGAUGCCGCACAUCCAAAACGCGGCCAGUUUGGCAUCGGAAACGUGCAGAAAAGUUUUCAGCGACAGAAGAUGGAAUUGUUCUUCGAUAAUUACGGCACCCUAUUUAACGCCCGAUUUGACUAGAGCAACACGCGAACAAGCCUACGUCUACGCUAUAAGCUCAGCAGCACUUACCUACACUCUGGCACGUGCAUGUUCCAACGGAAAUCUACACCAAUGCACUUGCGCUGGACGACCAAACAGUCCGAAUUCGGACAACUUCCAAUGGGGCGGCUGUGGCGACAAUGUGAGAUGGGCCUCGCAAUUUGCCAAACGUUUUAUCGACAACGUCGAAAAACACGCUUUGGUCAAAAAGGACAAAACGAAAAGGUCCAAAGAUGUGGCUAAAGAAGAAAGUAAAAUCCUUAAAGAUGAAGCUGCUUUUAUUAAUUUGCAUAAUAAUAAAGUUGGAAGAAAGGUAAUCACCUCAAGUUUACGUACUCAAUGCAAAUGUCAUGGAGUAUCAGGUUCGUGCAACAUCAAAACUUGUUGGAGAGCGUUGCCAUUGAUAGUAGAAAUUGGUCAGCAGCUGCUCCAAAAAUAUACAACAGCCAAAGAAGUUUCGAAAACUGUAGUCGAUCGAUUAGAAGCGAGGGUUGGCAAUAAAAAACCGAUAAAUUCCGAUCAGUUGGUUUACAUGUCCAAAUCGCCCGAUUAUUGUACCAGAGAUGAAAAGCUGGGUAGUUUUGGAACGGUCGGAAGACAUUGUAAUGUUUCCUCAGCCAGUCUGGACAGUUGUAGAGUCCUAUGCUGCGGCCGAGGCUACCGCACGGUCGUCGAGGAAAAAAUCGAAAGGUGCCAGUGCAAAUUUUACAAUUGUUGCUACGUAAAGUGUAAAAUUUGCCGAACAAUGACGCAAGUGUAUGAAUGUUUAUAAUUGUAUCCCAGUAUUAAAUGAAGCUUUAUUAGAUUGGUAGCUUGUAAACUUGCCAUCAAUUUGCUGAAUAAUUGUAUUUCACUUUUAGUAUUUAGUAGUAAGGAAUAAGUAUUAGAAAUUUCAACCACAUUCCUUUAUGGAUACAUUCCAAGAAAAAUAUGCACUGAAAAUAUUACCUAGGAUCUUUAUUUUUCAAAAAAUAUCACUUAAAAAAGAUGUAAAUAUUACAACCUAGCAUCACGACAUUCACCUAUUUUUACUGAAAACAAAAAUUACUUACUGUACAUAAUCACCAAUUUACAUUAUUAAUUUAAAUUAUUUAUCCUUAUACUUAUAGUUCCGAAUGUAUAUCAGUCGUAUCUGUAAUUAAGUUUGUAGAAAAAUAUAUUUAUUAUUUAUUAAUCAAAAUUAAAUGUUUAAUUCACCUUUUUCAAUGAUAGUACUCUCAGCAGCAGGAUCGUCAUCCAACAAACCCGAAUCGAUUUUCUUUUGCAACUCUCUUAUUUCAUCAUCAUACCCUUUCCAUUCUGGCAAUAUUCUUAUGGCAGCCGACAAUUUGGCUUCUUUGGUUAACGGAUUAUUACACUAAAACCCCAAAAAAAUUAAACAAAAUCAAUUAAAUUGUAUACUAAAAAUUACCAAAUCAAUGGUUUUAGCUCUAGUUUUUGAAGAAUCAUCGCACCAAGUUUCGCACCACAACCAAUCCUGCGGCAAGGAUUUUAUAGCAACCUGAUGGAUCAUGUUAUUGGGUAAAUCUUGGUCCAAAUUUGAUAAACUAUUAGGAUCUUGACUAAGAGCCUGAUAUUGGCCUCUGAGUCUAUCACCAGCUGCAAUUCUCCUGAAUUUUUUCAGAUCCACUACAUAAAGAGCUGAA